UGAAACCAGGGAUCCGUGCGCAAGCAGUUUUGGACUCUCGAUUGAGGCCAGCGAUCCUGCAAGUGGCUGACGGCACUUUAACACCCAAGAGGGAAGAAUGUCCAUUUCUUUGGGCUUGACUUAAAUAUCCUCUUCGGGGUGUUUCCGCAAGACAAACAUGGCCCCCAAUUCCAUCCAUUGGUUCCGCAAGGGACUCCGUCUUCAUGACAACCCAGCUCUUAAGGAGGCAGUCCAGGGGGCAGGCACAGUGCGCUGCGUCUACAUUUUGGACCCUUGGUUUGCAGGCUCCUCCAAUGUUGGGGUCAACAGGUGGAGGUUUCUUCUCCAAUGUUUGGAGGAUCUGGACGGCAAGCUCCGGAAGCUAAACUCCCGCCUUUUUGUCAUAAGGGGCCAACCAGCCAAUGUUUUUCCACGACUCUUUAAGGAGUGGAAGAUCUCGCGGUUGACCUUUGAGUAUGACUCAGAGCCUUUUGGAAAGGAAAGAGAUGCUGCUAUCAAGAAGCUGGCUAUGGAGGCAGGAGUGAAAGUCAUCGUUAAGAACUCCCACACGCUGUAUGACCUAGACAAGAUUAUAGAACUGAACAGUGGCCAACCACCGCUUACAUACAAGCGUUUCCAGACACUGAUCAGUCGCUUGGAUCCGCCUGAGAUGCCUGUGGAGACGCUGUCAGACAGCCUGAUGGCCAACUGCAUCACCCCCAUCUUGGAGGACCACGGAGACAAGUAUGGGGUUCCAUCCUUGGAGGAGCUUGGGUUUGACACCGAGGGCCUGCCGACAGCUGUGUGGCCAGGAGGAGAGACUGAGGCUCUAACCAGAUUAGAGCGCCAUUUAGAAAGAAAAGCAUGGGUGGCAAACUUUGAGCGUCCAAGGAUGAACGCCAACUCGCUACUGGCCAGCCCAACGGGCGUCAGCCCUUAUCUACGUUUCGGCUGCCUCUCCUGUCGCCUUUUCUACUUCAAGCUCACGGAUCUCUAUCGCAAGGUGGAAAAGAACAGUUCCCCUCCUCUCUCACAAUAUGGACAGUUACUGUGGCGCGAAUUCUUCUACACAGCGGCCACCAACAAUCCGCGCUUUGACAAGAUGGAGGGGAACCCCAUCUGUGUUCGCAUUCCCUGGGACAAAAACCCCGAGGCGCUCGCCAAGUGGGCUGAAGCCAAGACCGGCUUCCCCUGGAUAGACGCUAUCAUGACUCAGCUGAGGCAAGAGGGCUGGAUUCAUCCCCUGGCUCGCCAUGCUGUGUCAUGCUUCCUCACCAGAGGUGACUUGUGGAUCAGCUGGGAAGAAGGGAUGAAGGUUUUCGAGGAGCUGCUUCUCGACUCCGACUGGAGUGUGAAUGCGGGCAGUUGGAUGUGGCUGUCCUGUAGUUCCUUUUUCCAGCAGUUUUUCCACUGCUACUGCCCUGUGGGCUUCGGUCGGCGCAUCGACCCCAAUGGUGACUUCAUCAGACGUUACUUACCUGUCUUAAGAGCUUUUCCUGCCAAGUUCAUAUACGACCCAUGGAACGCGCCCGAGUCAGUACAAGCGGCCGCCAAGUGCGUCAUCGGCGUGAACUACCCAAAACCAAUGGUGCACCACGCCGAGGCCAGUCGGCUCAACAUUGAGAGGAUGAAGCAAAUCUACCAGCAACUGAGCCGAUACAGAGGACUAGGUCUGCUGGCAUCCGUUCCAUCCACAAAUGGCAACGGAAAUGGAGGAAUGAUGGCCUACUCACCUGGAGAACAACAGCAGGGGACCAACCGAAGCAACAACAACACCCCCCACAUGGCCGGCGUGUCGGGCAGCUCUGUUGUCACAGGCAACGGCAGCGGGAGCAUCCUCCUUAACUUUAACAGCGAGAAACAGCCGGGGCAGCGACGACAAAUGGCGCCGCAGCACGGUAACCAUACAGUGCCCGAAAACAACACAGCGGUCACCAGUGGCAAACUGUACCAUGAGUUUGCCGUGCCUCAGCACCCAGGACUUGCACACAUCAGAGGCAGCAUGACAGGAAAACGCGAACGGGAGAUAGAACGCGAGGGUUCGAGGGAGGAAGACCCGUCGUCCUGCUCGGGUCACAAGAUGCAGAGGCAAAGUACAGAGACCACCUAAAGUUCAUCACAAAAGAAGACACCGACUUUGGUCUUCUGUGACACACACUCUGUCAGAAACUCCCAGGGUGAACACUGAGGUGAAAAUGUGAUUCAAGGCUCAGAUUUUCCGAACUCCUGACCUAGCUUGCAGACUUGCGAAAAAAAAAAAAAAAAAAAAACCAUAGAAAAUAAUUGCAACUAAGUAUUUAUUUGUUUUUAAAAAAAA